AUGGCUGCAAUUGAAACUCAAUCAGUUGAACAAGUUGACAAAGUUAGCUUGCGAGUUUUAGUUGACAAAGAAAGAAAUAGAGUUCUGUAUGCUGAAGCCGGUAAGGAUUUCGUCGAUGUUCUCUUUAGUUUCUUAACAUUGCCUCUAGGUACUAUUGCAAGAUUAGUUUCUAAGGAUUCAAAUAUUGAAGCAGUGAAAUUUGGUAGCAUUAGCUCACUAUAUCAAAGUGUGUCAAAAUUUGACCAACAAUAUCUAUGGUCACAUACUUGCAAAGAAAUGCUACUCAAUCCUAGAAACUCGAUGGAAGAUUAUUGCCAGAAGCUCAAACUGAAUAUAGACGACACGUCUAUGCAGUAUUUUGUGUGCGAGAAUUGGGAUUGCAGAAGAAAAAACAGCGGAUGUCGUUUGAGCAUUUUUAGGAACAAAAUAUGCUAUUGUGGGAAAGUAAUGAAUAGAGAAGUAUUCCCCGAAUAUCCAAACCUGGAAAACGGUUUUGUUAAGAAAAAUGUUACUUUUAUCAUUUCUGAUGAUCUAUACGUGAUGCCGAAUGUUUUUGAGGUAGUUGAUCUUCUCAAGUUAUCUUUAACCUCAAAGGCUGCUUUGACCAGUUUUAUUUUAAAGAAGAACCGAUUUGUUGUUAAUCCGAGCCGAAGAAACAACUUGGAGUUUCUGAUUGGAGAGCUACCUUCUGACGAGGAUAGGCAGAUAUCUGUGAAAGUUACCGUACAAAAAUCAGAUGAACAAAUUCUGUUUGUUGAAGCCGGGGAUGAUUUUGUUGACUUUGUUUAUAGUUUUCUAACCUUCCCCUUAGGACGGGUUUUACACAUGCUUCAAGGAUUCUCCUCUUUAAGCUGCAUUGAUAACUUAUACAAGAGCUUGUGCGACUUGAGUCCAGAUAUAUAUCUAAUGUCACAGGGACUCAAAGAUAAACUAACUAAGCCUCUCAUAGCGACGCAAUUUGAGCUAAUCAAACAACUCUUACCAAUUGGUGUAGCUACCUUACCUGUGAAUUACUGUCAUACUUACUAUGAUCACGUAAGUGGGAAAUGUGUUCUCAAUUUUACGAAAGAAGCGGAUUAUACUCACGAUAAAGUUGGUUUUCCAGAAAAGUUUGUACCGUUAGAAUUGGCUGAUCAUGAUCCUUCUAUUGCAAAAUCAUCAUUUGUUAAAGGACCAUCAACGUACAUGGUGACUGAUAGCUUGUUUGUGAGUCUAAUGUCGUCAAUAUCUACAAUGUUGUUUCUCAAAAGAUCAAAAGUUCGUCUAUCUGAUUUGGAAGAAAGAGUUAUCAAAAUUGGUGUGAAGGAGGGACUUAGCAUAUUAAAAGCAUCUUUGACCUCAACAUCUGCUUUGCAAUGUGGAUUGAAGAAAUUUAUAAAAACUGUUAAGGUGGAGAAAUGA